AUGUCGUCCGUCGCCGGUCUCCAGAGGAUCACCCCCGUGCCCACCUCGGCAGAGUUUAUCGAUGUCGUCCUCAACAGCACGAUGAGGAAGACCCCCACCGUUAUCCACAAGAACUUCAAGAUCUCUCGUAUCAGAAACUUCUACAUGCGAAAGGUCAAGUUCACCCAGGACACCUUUGACGAGAAGCUCGGCAAGAUUGUCUCUGAAUUUCCCGUCCUCGACAACCUUCACCCUUUCCUCUCCUCCCUCUUGAACGUCCUUUACGACAAGAACCACUACAAGCUUGCUCUUGGUCAAAUCAACACUGCCCGCCACUUGAUCUCCCAAGUCUCCAAGGACUACUGCCGUCUCCUCAAGUUCGGUGACUCGCUCUACCGAUGUAAGCAGUUGAAGAAGGCUGCUUUGGGUAGAAUGGCCACCAUCAUGAAGAGGCAGAAGGACCCCUUGGCGUACCUUGAGCAGGUCAGGCAGCACAUAUCCAGGUUGCCCGCUAUCGACCCCAACACCCGAACCCUCCUUAUCUGCGGUUACCCCAAUGUCGGAAAGUCCAGUUUCGUCAACAAGAUCACCAGAGCCGAUGUUGACGUUCAGCCUUACGCUUUCACCACCAAGUCCCUUUUCGUUGGUCACAUGGACUACAAGUACCUCAGAUGGCAGGUCAUUGACACCCCUGGUGUUCUUGACCACCCUCUUGAGGAAAUGAACACUAUUGAAAUGCAGUCCAUCACUGCUUUGGCGCACCUUCGAAGUGCCGUCAUGUACUUUAUGGACCUUUCUGAGCAAUGUGGCUAUACCAUUGAGGCUCAGUGCAAGCUUUUCCACUCCAUCAAACCCCUUUUCCAGAACAAGCCCACUGUUCUCGUCAUCAACAAGAUCGAUAUCGUUCGACUUGACGACCUUUCUCCCGAGAACCGUUCCUACGUCGACACCAUCCUCUCCGACAAGUCCGUCAUCGUCGUCGAGGCUUCCACCUACACUGAGGAAGGUGUCAUCAACGUCCGAAACACUGCUUGUGACGCUCUCCUCGCCCACCGAGUCGAGGUCAAGCUCCAGGGUUCCAGGAUCGAGAUGGUCGCCAACAAGAUCCACGUUGCUGUGCCUCAAAAGCGAGACGACGUUGAGAGGAAGCCCUUCAUUCCUGACGCGGUCAAGGGCAGGGUCAAGUACGACAAGGAGAACCCCGACAGGCAGGUGUUGGAGCGGGACGUCGAGCAAGAGUUGGACCACUCUGGCCAGGGUGUUUACUCUGUCGACAUGAAGAAGAACUACUUGUUGGCGGACGACUCUUGGAAGUACGAUGUCAUGCCGGAGAUUAUCAACGGCAAGAACAUUGCCGACUUUAUCGAUGCCGAUAUUCUCGAAAAGCUCGAUGCUCUCGAGCGAGAGGAGGAGGCUUUGGAGAACCAGGGCUUCUACGCUUCCGAUGAGGAGGAAAUGCUCGACUCCGAAGGCGAAGAGUUCCAAGACGCCGCCAGGCAAAUCAAAGCCAAGAAGGCUUCCAUCAAGAAGAUCUCGCAAGAGAAGAACCACCUCCAAAACCGUCCCAUCAUCCCCCGAAAGAAGAAGCAUGUCUCCCUCACAGAAUUCACCGAGGGUAUGCGUGCUGCGGGCCACGAUCCCAUGGUUCUGGAGAAGCGUGCCGCCAGGAUGAUCGCCAAGAAGAAGCAGGCUUGGGAGAAGGCUCAAGCGGAGGACGCGGCUGCCGCCGAGGAGGGUGGUAUGGAUGUGGAGAUGGAUGGUGGAGAUGUGGAGAUGGAGGUUGCCCCUGGAGACAGAAAGGAACUCAAGAGGCGUGCUGCCCUUGCUACCACUCGUGCUCCCCGUACCAACCGUCUUACUGGUGGUGUCUCUACUAUGGGUCAACACGACAAGGCCAACGAGCUUCAAGCCUUUGCCCAGCGUCUUCCCAAUAGGUUGGCCAAGGCGUCCGAAAGUGAUAGGCAUGUCCCCAUCACCAGGCCCAAGUGGAUGUUGUCCGGAAAGAGAAAGAGUGGAACAAACGACAGGCGAUAG